AGGAGGAGGAGGAGGAGGAGGAGGAGGAGAGAGAGGAGGAGGAUUCUGAUGUGGAGAUGGAUGAAGAGCGUCUGGAGCCGAGGUCAGACGAUGACGACACGAACUUUGAGGAGUCGGAGGACGAGCUGAGAGAGGCGGUGGCAGACUCCAUGAAGAACCUGUUUGUGAUGGAGGACAGCAGCUCGGAUGAGGGGAUGAUGGAGCAGACUGAGGAUGGAGGUGCAGAAAGCGCCGCAGACUCUCAACACCUCCAGCUGGAGGUCGAGGAUUCACCUGCAGAUGUCGUUUCCUCUGAGCCUGAAGAACGUGACGGUGAGACGAUAACACGACUCUGAAUAAGCUCCAGCAGACGACCUGAGCACUACAAACAUUCACAGCAGUAACUCAAAGUCCAUGAAAUCUAUAAGAACAAAGAAAUGACUCUUAACAAGGAGUCAGCAGAAGCUCUCCGUCUUCACUGCUCUGUAAAUGAAAGGUUCCCUGUGGAGGGUUUCACCAGUAGGAGCGCUACUAUCAAGCUAACCUGUCAAACAUGUCAGAUUCAGCUUAGCAAAUGUUUUAUGGAGAUGUUGGAUGUCUUGUGCUUCGCUGAGAAACGCUGACUGUCGAGCCGCUGCAGCAGCUUCAGACAUGCAGCGGUGAUGUUUGUUCGUAUUGAUUAACCUCUGUGAAACCCAACCAUUGAUUUUAUUCAUGUAUCAUUUAGUUAGAAGUGUUUUUAUCAAACCUCUAGUCAAGAAAAUCAUUUGGUUUUUGGAAGAUUGCAUGGGCAGGUUUUGGUGCUAACAAAUAUCACGACUUUCAGUCCACAGAUUAUUAGGUGUUAAUGCAUCAAUAACAUCAAAAUAAGUAUCUUAAAAAUGAAUUUUAUUGACAUGAAACUGUUUGAUUUGGAACAAUAAAAUGAAUUUGACGGCAUCCAGUGGCUUAAAAGACGCAUGACAUUACACAUCUGCAGAUUUUGAAGGAAAAGAAAAAAUGAGAAAGAACUAAAAUAUGAUUAAGAAAAAGUUUGUUUUCUUCUUUUAUUCAUGGUCAUAUAAAUAUUGAUAUAAAAU